AUUCCAUUCGCCAGUUUUCAAAUGUUAACAACUAUACCUAACUAUGCUUAAAAUGUUGGUGAAAUUUUACUGGUUGGUUUACUUUCUAGCAGGUGCUUAUCGGGUAUUUGGAUAUAAUUGCACAGUGAGUGAUAAAGCAGGAGAACCGAAAAAGCUGAAUUACUGUGAUCUGUUUUUAAAAAAUAAUCAAAACCCUAGUAAAACAUGGUCCCUUACAACCGAUGUCCAUAUCACAAUUACCAGUUGGUAUGUCGAUUUGGACAUCAUAAAUGGCAUUUUCGAGUUACGUGGAAUGAUAAAUAUGAAAUGGCUCGGUCAACAAAUAACAUGGAAAUCAAAAGAACCCGAUGAUUACUAUUUGAAUAUCACAGAUAAUUCGAUUUGGAGACCGAAAAUACACUUGGAAAAUCAAGCAUUUGAGCACGAUAUGUUUAUCGGACUUGGAAACACGACUGUAUCAAAUAAUGGAGUAAUGACACACGUAGCACCCUUAAACAUACGAUCACGAUGUCAGAUAAACUCAUAUUCUCCGCACAUGGAUUCGAAUACUUGCCAACUUAAUUUCACAAUUGACAUUAUUCAUGCCAAUGUUACUUUCCAACAAAAAAAUUACUCGGAUAUAAUAUCACCAUGGGCCAUUGCAAGAACUCAAUUCUCAUCCUCUUUGGAAAUAGAUCAGAAAGAUGAAGCGAUAAUCAAAUCUGUAGCAGUGAACGUGACAUUACAAAAAAAUUCCCAGCUCACUCCCUGCAGCGAAUUAGCAAGUAACUCGUUGGAAAAACUCAUUUGUGAGCUAUCAUUAAAAUAUAAUCCAUCUAUCACUCCGGACACAACGUCUCGAGAUUUCCUUCAUGCGCUCAACUUCACUAUUUUUUACGCCGAUGUAGAUGUUUCCGGAAUGUUCCAGCUGAUUGGAGUUGUAGAAGCAACCUGGGAAGAUCCUCAACUGACAUGGAAACCAAGCGAAUAUAAUUUCACUGAAAUAAACAUUCAAAAUAUUUCUCAUCAAAUCUGGAAACCAGAUUUUGUAUUGGUCAACAGCGAAUUCCACGACACAAGACCCUUAUUAGACUCAGGCUAUAUGACUAUGGUAUCAAAUCAAGGAUUAGUAAGAUUCUACGCACUGUCUAUCAGUUUACAAGCAAAGUGCCCAGUGGCAAUAAACAACAUGCCAUGGAAUCAGCAAACUUGUCAGCUUCAUUUUAACACCAGUGCACCAAACCCCAUAUUCAACAUUACACAUGCAAGUGAAUCGCCUCUGGCAAAAUUUAUCAAUUCAACUUCUGAGAAAAAUAUUCCAUCACCAUGGAUAGUCCACGAAAUGCGAGAGAUGAAACAGACGAAUGACGGCCAUAAGUCGUCCAAUUAUUCAGUUUCUAUUGAAGUUGAAUUACAUAGAAACGACACUGAAUUUCAUCUCAGGCGAUGUGUUCCAUUUGCAAGAAGCUACGAAGAAGAACUCAAAUGUCGCUUAUUUUCGAAAGAUCUUCGCAGACCUAUUGGUGAUACGUAUCGCCGUGGUCCACAUACAAACAUAGAGAUCGAUUACGUAGAUUUGAAUAUUGAAAAUGAAGUAUUUUUCAUCAGAGGACAACUAAUACUGAAAUGGCCUGAUGAAAGAUUAUCCUGGGACCCGUCGGAAUUCGGAAACAGGUUCAAUUUAUCAAUCAAAGAACAUGGAUUAUGGACGCCGCGUAUAGCAUUAGACAACGAAUUGUUGGGUGAGAAUCACUUGGAGCUAUCAAAAGAUUUCUAUUCGAACUGCUAUUGGAUGGAAAUUGAUUGUCCACGCAGUCCUAAAUUUUUAAGUGGGGGUCGAUUAGAGGUAUCGUCGGAUGGUAACUUGACGUGGACUUUACCAAUGAAUUUUGAUACAAAAUGCGACAUGAAAUCUAAUGGUUGGCCAUGGGAUCCUCAAACUUGUUACCUCGAUUUCACAAUCAAUACACAUGAAAUGCGUAUACGAUUGAAAUACAGUGAAUUCACUGAAAGGUUAUCAUUGUGGAAGAUAGUCCAAACGUAUAGCAAAGAACCCUCAACCGCAUUCAAAUUAGAAUUCAAGUUCGAUUUAGAAAUGAAAAGCUACUCUUUGCAAGUCAAAUUAAGUUUAAUAUUCAUUGGUGUAAGUUUGGUGAUGUUGACAUCAUUUUUGAUACCACCAAUGAACAAGUUUAAAGUGAUAUUGAAAAUAUUAUCCGUCAAACUUGUAGCAAUAUUUUUGGCCAUAUUGAUGUAUUCAAUUCCUCAGUUCACUACACGAGCUCCUAAUUUUUUGAUCGGAUACAUCAUUUUAUUAGCGGUAGUGGGAAUAUCUAGCUGCGUUACUGCCUACUUGGUUCGAUUGGCAAGAAAAUCACGUUUGAAUAAUCCAUCAGCAAACAAAGAAUCGACGAAUCCAGAGGAAAGCAAAAGCAAAAAUGAUACAAUAUUGAAGACAAUAUCAACAGAGGCCAUUAAACCUACUAAUGACGAAUACGCUUCUGGGUCUUCCAAGACAACUGAAUCUGAAACCGACUGGUUAAAAAUAGCCAUAAAGAUCGAGUUUUCAUCGUUUGCAAUUUGCUUAAUUAUUUCUGUAAUUCUUAUUAUAAGUCUGAUGAACUAAAGUGACAUUUGACAAA